AUGAGCGCUUCACCGCCCGCCUUGGAUCAAGACUCUAAAGGUACAUCCAAUAUUACGAAGAUCUGCCAGAAUGGGGAUGUCAUACUUGCAGUCGGUCCCAAAGAGAAGAUUCGGGUUGCUUCGGACUUCUUAAAGCAUAUUUCACCUGUUUUCAAAGCAAUGCUUGACGGUCCUAUGAGUGAAGGAGAGGCUCUUCGAAACAAGCCACCCGACUCUCCAAUCAUUAUUUCACUUCCCGAAGAUAGCCCAGUGGCUAUGAUUAGACUUCUACGGAUUCUCUAUGGUGCAAACGACUUUGAUCCCACUUUCGAGGCGUUCUACGAUGUUAUCAUCUUAGCCGAUAAGUAUGCCAUGACUGAGCGACUCAAACAUUUCGGAUUCGGUUGGGUACGUGUAUACCCCCUCGACAAAGAGGUUAUAGACGACUACUACCGUGGAUGCUGGGAGAAACUGGUUACUUCUUACAUUCUUAAUGACAAUACGGCCUUCUUUCAUGUCAGUUCCUGCCUAUCCAAUUCGGCGGGAGUCUUGGUAGAUUGGGCGACAGAAUUGCCUAAUGAAGUGCUUGGCUUGAGACUUGCCCUGGCUAUUGGGGAGAUAUGUGCGAACAAUUUGGUGAACAAGGAAAGGCAAAGAAUGCGGUUGUGCCUGGACCGUUUCAAGACGGUGAAGGGAAGCUUCCUUGACAAAGGAGAAGGUUGCGAGUUCGAACACUACCAUCGCCGUCUGUGGGACGAUUCGUGGUAG